AUGGACCCUACUAGAAUUUCAAAGGAACACGCACACUGUGUCAGAACGCUUUUUGGACAUCAGGAAAACACAGAUUUGCAUGAUACAUCCUUUGAAAGUCAAGAAGUGAAGUUGAUGCCAGAAUCAUGUAGAAGCAUGAAACAGGCACUCCAAAGAGCUGUGCAGAAGGAAGUCCAGCGUGUCAUGGGAAGAGCACCACCAAGACCAGAAAAAGCUGCAAUGGAGGCAUUAGGAAUGGAUCUGUACAAGAGGAACAAACCUGAGAAGCAGCCAUUUGCUCAUCUUAUUAUUGAUGAUAAGAAUAUUCCAUCUGGAACUCGCAAAGUGAACCUCACAUCCUGGCAUCAUGACAAAGGCCAGGCAAACCUAUCGAACAUGACAUUCAAUGAUGGAAAGCUGAUUGUUAAUCAAGAUGGUUUUUACUACCUUUAUGCCAACAUUUGCUUUAGACAUCAUGAAACUUCAGGAAACCUGACUAAAAGAGGUCUUCAGCUGAUGGUAUAUAUGACUAAGACAAACCUUAAAAUAAGGCGCUCUGAUGUGUUGAUGAAGGGAGGAAGCACCAAAUACUGGUCAGGGAAUUCAGAAUUUCAUUUUUAUUCUGUAAAUGUAGGAGGGUUUUUUAAAUUAAAAUCUGGUGAAAUGAUAAGUGUCCAGGUAUCAAACCCAUUGCUACUGGAUUCAUCACAAGAAGCAACUUAUUUUGGGGCAUUUAAAGUUAGGGAUUUAGACUGA